AGCCCUUAAUUAUCAGCCCUGACGACAAACUUGGCUUAAAUAGACCGCGCGCCUCUCGCAUCGAGAGUAGAAGUGACCAACUUGAACGAGCGGGCAUCUCCUCUACCCACAAUUCUUCUUCAGUUUUUUAAUCUACAUUUGGUGCGGCUUGAGUUAUUUCUGCCCGACAAGUAUGCAGGUGUCUGUGGCCCUCCUCGUCUCCAGCUCGGCGCUCCUGCUGCUGCAGGGAUGCUGCACGGCCGUGAAGGGAUGGAAGGUGCUAAAAAAUGAUGCUACGGAGAUUUUACCGGAGUACAGAGAAAAUACUCGGACACCUCACGAGGCGACUGUACAGACGUCAAACAAUAACAACAACAAUAACACCUUGAAUAACAGGGCGAAAAACGGCGGAAGGACGGCAAACACCGUUUCUUAUAGUGCCUCCGAGCUGAGCUGCAGGGAGCUCCGCUCCACCCGUUACAUCACCGAUGGAUCCUGCCGCAGCGCCAAGCCCGUCAGGGAGCUGGUCUGCUCAGGUCAGUGCCUCCCAGCGCACCUCAUGCCCAACUCCAUCGUUCGUGGCAAGUGGUGGAGGAACAGUGCUACGGACUACCGCUGCAUCCCGGCACACUACCGGACGCGGAGGGUCCAGCUGCAGUGUCCAAAUGGCAACACUCGGACUUACAAAAUCCGCGUGGUCACCUCCUGCAAGUGCAAGCGUUUCAGGCCCCACCACAACCAAUCUGUGGCCAAAGAGGUGCCAAAGACACAACGCAACAAGAAGCACAGUCGGUUGCCUCAAGAUCGGAACAAGAACAACACGCCACUGACGGGCAACUCGUACUGAUGAUCCUCCCAAGCAUCCAAAGAAAGAGACCAAAGCCUGCUCAUACUCAUGUUACUCAUAAACCAACAAACAUAUCUCCUAUGCAGAGGGAAGGGGAUACUAGAGAAAUUCCAAGAGAAUUUAUCCAUAAGCUAACUGUACGGCUGAGUCGAAGUCAUCAGUCUAUAAUUUUGUGAGCAUAUUUGUGAAUUUUUGCUUAUUUGCAUGACAAAAUGAGUCAGUGCCAGCUAGGGCUUGCCACAAAACUGACUGGCCAGGAGGUGGAUAGUAUGAAAUCACUCCAACAGCCCAAAACCUCCAAACUGAAAUCAUGCAAGCAUAAUAAGAAAUCCUCCCGAAGGCUUCAACUCCCAUCUGUACAAACAUCUAAAGGAUUCAGAACUACACUCACCGCCCUCCGUUUAAAGCUGAGAAGGUGUAUAUUCACUCCAGAGUGGCUGAAAUCCUUCUUUAGGCUGCAUGUGGGGAGGGGGGAGCCUACGGCAGCUCUGGGGUCUCUGAUGCUGACAGUUUUGAGAGGCCCUCAUCCAGGCAGCUUUCUGAUAUUGACGCGGACAAACCCUACACACUCCAACCAGACCUGUCAGUAACAGUAAAGCUUUUCCUUUAACCGGGCAGUCAGGAGAGACAAGGAUGGG